GGGCUCUAGGGCUAGGGAGUGGGUGCGGAACAAGCCGAUGAGGCCAGUCUGGGUGAGAUUGGGGAAGGAAGGGCGGAGACACAGAUGACAGGGAACUCGCCCCGCUCUGGAGAGCCGUGGGCCGGCAGCGCUGUGGCGGCGUGGGCAAAAGCCUGUGAUGCAUAGAACACCGCCCUUUACUGACUGGAAAUAAAGAGUCCAUCCCCGAGCUCAGUGCAGCACACCCGUGAUCUCAUUGACCUCUCACGCCCUGAAAGUAGAGGCGUCAGUAUAGCGGUUGACAGGUGAGGAAUGUGAGGCUCAGAAAAGCGAAGAGACUUGCCUAAAACCACUCAGGACUCCUUACUUCAAAGACCUUGCUUUUCUCUCUGCUCUUGGGGAGGCAGAGGUUUAGCUUGGCGUGGGAGGCAGGAAAGAAAGAAAAGUUUUGAUGCCCUGACCUUCGCAAAUUGUCUGGCAGGACCAGUCCCCCCAACCCUUCCGAAUGGCAGCCUGUAAGGCAGCCCUUCUGUAGUACUGUGAGGAUGAAAUGAGAUGGAUUUGAAAGCACGGUGUUUAUAAAUUACUGUUUGGAGAAGACGUAGGAAGAGAGCGGUUUGAAAUGGGUUGCUGGUGCCGGAGGAAAAGCACAAGGUGAAGCGUGAGAGUGAGCUGAGAAGGUGAAGGAAAGUUCUGGAAGGGGCUGGGGGAUGGUAGUGGUUGUUGGAGGUCUACGCCCGGUGAAAGAAUACCUUGCCAUGCCAGAUUCCGUUGUGUCCUUCUUCCAGCCCACCUCUCUCUCCUCCUGCCUUUUACGCAGCUCAUUCUGGGGUCCCUGUGUCUAGGAAGCACCUUUUCUCUCCUACCUAUGGGUGGAGAUGGUAAAUAGAGCAGCCUUCGGGCUUCUUAGAGAUAUGGACUGGGCAAGACAGAAUUAUAGACGCAGCUCUUUGAUGUGGGGUGGUGAAGAAAGGGUAGUCGUCCUAGGGGCUUCAAGGCAAAGAGUCCUUUCUCCGGUGGGGUAAGGUGGGGAGGUCUCCCACUUACUGGAAGACACAGUACUCGCUCUGAGCAUUGUCUUUCUUGAAAUUUACCCAGCCACGUGCUGUCCAUUCCCUUACGCAGUGGAAACUCUCCUUGCAUUUACUCCCAAGUAAUCACCUCUGCCUUGUCACAUCCCUUUAGAUUCCAGAUUGAAAAUUCAACAGAGCAUUUCAAAAUUAAAAAGUUUUAAAAAUCCAGGUGGGAAAAAUGGAUCUGACUAAACAGGAGAGAAAUUUCUUCCUCUUCCCCUAUUCUACAUGCUUCAGUGGAUACAGAAACGGGCACCCCCAGCCCCAGCAAGGGAGCCAGGCAUCCAUCUACUUAAGUAAAGUUGGCUGUGGUAAGAGGUUAGACUAAAAUUCUCCGGAGAUGCAGAGGAGAAGGAAUGAAUUCCAGCUGAGAGACCUGGCCGAUGCAUGGGAUUUGUCUUCAAGGUCGAGGCAGAGGGGAUGGCAGAUGCCAAAUUGCAGAAGUCGAAGAAGGCCCAGUAUGGUUGGUCUGUAAAUUUUGCCUUUGCCAGAACGUUAUACAGAUAGAAUCAUGCACCAUGUAACCUUCUGAGGCUGUCUUCUUUCACUUGACGUAAUGCUUUUGAAAUUCAUGACUACUUCCAGCAACCCAGUCUCCUGCCAUGUCUGACCCCAUCACGCUGAACGUCGGGGGGAAGCUCUAUACAACUUCAUUGGCGACCCUGACCAGCUUCCCUGACUCCAUGCUAGGCGCCAUGUUCAGUGGGAAGAUGCCCACCAAGAGGGACAGCCAGGGCAACUGCUUCAUUGACCGUGACGGCAAAGUGUUCCGCUAUAUCCUCAACUUCCUGCGGACCUCCCACCUUGACCUGCCCGAGGACUUCCAGGAGAUGGGGCUGCUCCGCAGGGAGGCCGACUUCUACCAGGUGCAGCCCCUGAUUGAGGCCCUGCAGGAGAAGGAAGUGGAGCUCUCCAAGGCCGAGAAGAAUGCCAUGCUCAACAUCACACUGAACCAGCGUGUGCAGACGGUCCACUUCACUGUGCGCGAGGCGCCCCAGAUCUACAGCCUCUCCUCCUCCAGCAUGGAGGUCUUCAACGCCAACAUCUUCAGCACCUCCUGCCUCUUCCUCAAGCUCCUUGGCUCCAAGCUCUUCUACUGCUCCAAUGGCAAUCUCUCCUCCAUCACCAGCCACUUGCAGGACCCCAACCACCUGACUCUGGACUGGGUGGCCAAUGUGGAGGGCCUGCCAGAGGAGGAGUACACCAAGCAGAACCUCAAGAGGCUCUGGGUGGUGCCCACCAACAAGCAGAUCAACAGUUUCCAGGUCUUCGUGGAAGAGGUACUGAAAAUCGCUCUGAGCGAUGGCUUCUGCAUCGAUUCUUCUCACCCACAUGCUCUGGAUUUUAUGAACAAUAAGAUUAUUCGAUUAAUACGGUACAGGUAAAAGGACCCCAACAACAUUGGAGACGGGGAGUCCCAAGAAGCUCAUGUCAGCCAGGUCUUGGAGGGCAUCUCGCCAGUGGUGCGAGGCAGGAGACUAUACUAAUCUGUAUUAAUUGUGUAGCAGGACUUGAUUCCCCCCAUGAUGAAGUCCACCUUUUGGAAUCCAGUGUCCUCUGAAUAGAACCACCUUUUUUCUUGCCAUUUUGAGCUGCAGACAGGCGGUUUAUUAUGACAAGUGAAGAGUCAGCUGAUGUGUACUAAAGGAGGCCAUAGGAGGAUUUUCCAGCCAGCACAAAGGAACGGCAGUUUUCUCCUGGGCUCCAUCUCUCUGUACCACUAGCCAGUGCUGCAUUUAUCCAUCUGUAAGAAGGCCCUGGUGGAGAGGAUGGGAUGAGAACAAGAGGCUACCUCCAGUUAACCAGGACAUAAAGUCCCCAGCGGUUCCUGUCACACCUGCUCCACCCUCCCCAGGGUGCAUCCAUGAUCGUGGAUGUUUGCCCAGGGAUGACCAUGUUUGGCUGGCUUGGAAUGCUGUGCAUUCUCAGAGCUCUGUUAGUGUCCCCUCUUGGAGGACAGAGAUGAGGUGUGGCAGGGUCUAGAGGAAUGAGUGUCCAGGCAGGGUUCAGAAGGUAGGAAUGUCCGUCUUGAUGGGGCUGAAUCAGGGGAUUCCUGGCUUCAGAAAGGGUCUGCUGUCUUUGCAAAGAUGUGCAAGUAUCUGCAGCCAGUGUAAUGAAAUCACUUCCAAAUCCAGCCUGUUGCCUAACUUUGUCAUUGUUUUCCCAAAAAUUUGAGGUAUCAUUGAAACAGGUCAUUUUAAACAAAUAUAUUAUGGAUUCUCAGGGUUGGAAAUAAUUCGAUGAUUGCUUAGUCUUCCCCCACUCCUAGAACACCCCAGCACAUCUGAAGAUGAGCGCCUCUCCCUGGGUACCUGCAAGUGAUCACCUUGGCCUGCUUGCAGGCCUUGAUAGGAAGCACACCGUCCCCAGGGCAGCUCCUGCUGUGGUUGGAUGGUUCUGACUGUUACACAGUUCUUCCCUAUAUUGAGCCAAAAUCUGUCCUGCCACUUGCUGGAUCUUGGUUGCAGACCUUCCCAUUCACCCAGUUAUAUAUCUUUGCUUUCAAAAUAGUCACCUUGAGAGACCAGACAUUUUUCUGAAAACAUCAUUACUCAGAAUUCAGAUUCCCCUCUGGGAUCUGUCUUCAGAAUCAAAGUUAGCUCUUUUCUAUCCCCUGUAAGUCAGUUCCCUUUUGUUAUAGCUUCACUUCGUUUGUGACCCCCCCCUUCACCCACCUUCCUCACCAUCUGUGGCUCCAUAUGCCUUUCGACCAUUUUCUUUUGGAAGAGGAAGAUUCACGGCCCCUGAGGAGAUCCAGAGGAAAGAGACAGUCUCCGAGGGUGCUGUGCAGCAAGGAGCCCAGGAGUGGUAUGAACCGUAACAGUGCCCUUAGAGUAAAUGUGCGGCCCCUAAAAACCUGCCCUCAGGAAGGCAGCCUUCCCCUGCAGUCCUGUGUCCUACCCCUGGGUCUCUGUGGGGUGCCAUCCAGGGCAAGCAACCCAAGCACUGCUUCCCACCGGGUGAUGAGCCGUGCAGACCUCCAAACUGCACGUCAUGAUUCAUCCCUAAAGUGAGUUUGGCCUUGAGAGUCCCAGGGUCCUCCCCCACUGGGCAGGGGUCCUUAAAGCCAAGGAAGCCUGUGUCCCAUGGGUGACACAGGCACCCAUGGGAGGUGGGCCCAGAAAGGGGCUUCCCAUAGAUAGGCCCUGUGAGUAGGGAGCUUGUACACGGGGCCAUGGGCAGAGCCAGCUCCCUUGAGCAGUAAAGGCCCUUUUCCCCCUACAGUGGGACCCAGGAGUCUCUCUGACAGCUUUUCUGCCAGGUGCAGUGGCUCAUGCCUGUAAUCCCAACGCUCUGGGAGGCCAAGGUGGGAAAAUCACCUGAGGUCAGGAGUUCAAGACCAGCCUGGCCAACAUGGUGAAACCUCAUCUCUGCUAAAAAUACAAAAAUUAGCUGGGUGUGGUGACGGGCGCCUAUAACCCCAGCUAUUUGGGAAGCUGAGGCAGUAGAAUCACUUGAACCCAGAUAGCAGAGGUUGCAGUGAGCUGAGAGUGUGCCAUUGCAGAGUGAGACUCCAUCCCAAAAAAAGCCAGCUGUCCCAGGCCAAGAGUACUUGGGAGAGCCCCUCAUGGAGAACCUAGUUUAGACCAAGUAGCAGAAGCUGUGGUCAUAACAAAACAAUUUGAGGAAGAAAUCUUACAAAUCACCACUGCCCUUUUUCCUUUUCCAUAAAACUGUCCAUCUUUUCGGUGCUCCCUAAUCCAAGCAGCUUGACUUUAGAGAAGUUGCAGAAGCAAUGAAGCCACUAACAUGCUGUGUGACUUUAUGCAAGUCACUCACCUCACUGAGCCACCUCCAUUUCUUCAUCUGUGAAAUGGGCAUAACAGUAAUACAUAACCCUACCUACCUCACAGGGCUGUUGUGAGGAUCAAAUGAAAUAAUGUACGUGAGAAUACAGUAUAAAUGAUAAA